AUGAAGUCAACAGAGGUGGACCAAGGGCUUUUCACAGACAGCUACUGCAAAGUGUGCAGCGCUCAGCUCAUCUCCGAGUCCCAGCGGGUCGCCCAUUAUGAGAGUCGGAAACACGCCAACAAAGUGCGCCUGUAUUACAUGCUACAUCCUGUGGAUGGAGGCUGCCCUGCCAAGAAGCUCAGAACAGAUAAUGGCACCGACAAAGGCGACGUGGACAAGAAUAAGUGCUGCACGCUGUGUAACAUGUCCUUCACCUCAGCAGUGGUGGCACAGUCACACUACCAGGGUAAAAUCCACGCCAAGAGGCUAAAACUGCUACUGGGGGAGCAGCCUGCCAUCACAACCAAAGAGGCGUCCCCCAGUCCUGUAAAGAGCUCCCCAGAAACGUCUCCCAUGACCUCCCCGCGACAGCGCCGAGACUCGGACCGCUACUGCCAGCUAUGCAAUGCUUGGUUCAACAACCCCGGCAUGGCUCAGCAACAUUAUGAUGGCAAAAAGCACAAGAAGAACGCUGCCAGAGCAGACCUGCUGGAGCAGCUGGGAAAAACCCUGGACAUGGGAGAGAUGAAAGGUCUGAAACGGAGCUACACCUGUGAAGUCUGCAGCGUCACACUGAACUCGGUGGCACAGUACCACGCACAUCUGCAGGGCUCAAAGCACCAAAACAAUCUGAAGAAUCAGAUAUGUGUCCAGUGAGCGUGGGCCCCAAGAUGAAAAAAAAAACAACUACUGGAUUGAUGUCAGACAAGCUGUGGUCAGCUUGCCCUGCUUUUUCUGCCUCUGCCCCGCUUCUUGCUCUCCUCCACAUCAUUACAAUUUCUCUCUCUCUCUCUCUCUCUGUUCUGUCUUUCAGUCUGUCUGUUUCAACCGCCCUGACGAGGAGGAGAAUGAAGAGAUUUUUUGUAACACUAGCACUGCAUCAACUCUCUCACCUGUCGGUACAGUUUAAACAGUUUCUCAGCCAUGCUGGCCACUCUUUAUUCAUUGACCUUUGACAUUCCACUGCAGCUGUGUCUUUCAUCCACUGAGAGUGUUGACGUGGAUCUGAUACACAGCGGCCUUUCUAAAACUGCAUGGACAAAUAUUACACUUUGUUUUCCACACCAAGUACUGUACGUGUAAUUUUGACUUGAGAAU